AUGGCUUCCAAAGCUCAAGCCUCGGCCGCCGCCAUUUUUCUUUCUCUCAACCUCCUCUUCUUUGCCACCGCCACCGCAACUCAAUACCCUGCUUUCCCCGGUAACGGCAGUGGCACCGGAGCCGGUGGUGGUGGUGGCAAUGGCGGUGGAGCCAAUGGUGGCGGCGGUGGAGGAAACGGUGGCGGAGGAAUUGGACAAUGCCCGAGAGAUGCUUUAAAAUUGGGUGUGUGCGCAAAUUUACUGGGCGGAUUGGUGGGGGCGGUGGUGGGUACGCCACCGACAUUGCCAUGCUGCAGCUUGAUCGCCGGAUUGGCGGAUUUAGAGGCGGCGGUUUGCCUUUGCACCGCCAUUAGACUCAAUGUUCUUGGUAUUAAUCUGAAUGUGCCGCUUGCUCUUAGCCUGGUUCUCAAUAACUGUGGACGUCAAGUUCCAAAUGGCUUUACUUGCUAA